AUGUGCCCUCCAGAGGGGCAGCCACUGCUCUCCACCUGGCAGUCAUCAUACAACACGGACCGAGAGGCCAGGGGUUGCCAGAUCUUAGGACUCUUUGCAAGACGAGAUGAAUUAAAAGCACUUUUGAAAUCUGCCGGAAACAAACUUGUGGUAAUUGAAUUUUCAGCUAAAUGGUGUGGUCCUUGCAAAAGGAUUUGUCCUCUUUUUCAUGCAAUGUCUGCACAAUACCGAAACGUCAUGUUCGCUAAUGUGGAUGUGGACAAUGCUCGGGAGUUGGCCCAAACUUAUCACAUCAAAGCAAUACCCACAUUUCAAAUGUUCAAGCAAGCCCAGAAGGUAACCCUAUUCUCAAGAAUCAAAAGAGAAAUUUGCUGUUGUAGAAGUGGAUUCCUGAGUGAGCCGAUUUUUGAACUUUGUGGAGCUGAUGCUACAAAACUGGAAGAAAAAAUUCGAGAACUCAUGUAA